AAUUCGGUUCUCUUAAGAAAUUUGACCUUUCUUCUUUCUCCCUUCACACACAUAUAUAUAGUAACUCUUAUGGUAUAAUCCAUAUCCUUCUCCCACUAGCUAGCCUCACUUUUACUUCAUGCAUGGGCUACUUUGUGUUCACAUAUUAACUUGAAGACUUAGUGAUUUCUUUCACCAUAAGAGUCAUAUCGAUCAUAGCUAUCAUCAUCAUCAUCAUCAAUGAACUGGUUGGAUUUCUUCCUCUACCCUCAAGAACAAAACGAAGACCACUCUCAAACGGAGAACCCUCUCAUCGGCUUCAACACGCACGAAAUCUCAGCCACUGAUGUUUCUAGCGAGUGCUUUGAUCUCACUUCAUUCGGCUUAGUAGAAUCACUCAACCGAAACAAUACUCAUCAUAUAACUCCUAUAGAUUGGUGCACCAAGGGUUUGGGAACUUCUUGCAGCGGUAGUAACGAAGACAUGUAUAACAACAAACCACAGCCGAAACUCGAAAACUUUCUCUCGGAGAAACCGGCAACCGGCGGUGGCGGUAGUCCAAAAAGCACCAACUCUAUAGGGUUGUCUAUGAUAAAGACAUGGCUGAAGAACCAAGCGUCACAGUCUGAUGCUGCGAACACGUCGCUUUCCAUGAGCACUACAGUGUCACAGUCAGGCACAGUAGCAUUGCCCCUUCUAACAGCGAGCGUGGAUGGAGAGAGUAAGCAACAACCUUCGACGACAGCACUUUACAAUAACCAAAGCGAAGUUGUUAAUCUUAGUACUGUGGCUAGAAAAUCCCCUGACACAGUUGGACUUGGACAAAGGACUUCCAUAUACCGUGGUGUGACAAGGCAUAGAUGGACGGGUAGAUAUGAGGCUCACCUGUGGGAUAAUAGUUGUAGAAGAGAGGGGCAAACUCGAAAAGGAAAGCAAGUUUACCUGGGAGGUUAUGAUAAAGAAGAAAAGGCAGCUAGAACAUAUGAUUUGGCGGCACUGAAAUACUGGGGAACGGCAACAGCAACAAAUUUUCCGAUUAGCCACUAUGAAAAAGAACUGGAAGAAAUGAAGAACAUGACAAGGCAAGAAUACGUCGCAUCACUGAGAAGGAAGAGCAGUGGUUUUUCUCGCGGUGCAUCUAUUUAUCGAGGAGUAACGAGACAUCACCAACACGGAAGAUGGCAAGCUAGGAUUGGAAGAGUGGCAGGCAACAAAGAUCUCUACUUGGGAACUUUCAGCACUCAAGAAGAGGCAGCAGAGGCUUAUGACAUUGCAGCCAUCAAAUUCCGAGGACUGAAGGCAGUUACAAACUUCGAAAUGAACAGAUACGACGUUAGGAGCAUACUUGAAAGUAGCACUUUGCCAAUUGGUGGUUCUGCCAAACGUUUGAAGGAUGCUGAACAGGUCAAUCUCACCAUCAUGGAUCCUCAAACCCCUCACGUGCAUCCUAACACCUAUAAUUUUGAAGCUUCUCCUCAUCCUCUUGCAUUCCAUCAACCUCAGCCUUAUAGCCACUUAAAUUACUCUUAUGGUCCCAAGUUUUGGUACAAGCAAGAACAACUUUCUGAUGUUCCUCAAACAUUUCAGGAUUUUCAUCAACUCCAACUAGGGAAUGCACACAGUUUUCUUCAGGCCAGUGUCAUAAGCAUUGAUUCUGCUUCCAUUGGCAAUAAUAAUAAUCAUAAUAGCUCUGCAGGAUCUAACUCUUUCAUUUAUGGUGGUGGGGAUGGUAACGAUGUUCCCAUGACCAUGGCCACUUCGUUCAUAGCAAAUGAUGUUGUUAAUCAAAAUAAUGGUUUUGCGGAUAAUGAUGGGAAGAUGCUUGAAUACGAAAAUAUGUUCAACCCUACUGAUCCUUAUCAUGAAAGGAACUUUGUGUCAUCUUUCGCAGCAAACAUUUGGUGAUGCAGUGAAGUAGGUAGUGCAUAUGAUGCUUGCAAUUUGGCUCGUUGCCUCAGAGUUUCAACGUUCUCGUUUGCAUGAAUAGUUGGGAAUUAGA